GGAAUCCCAGUCAGAACAUCCAGCCUACCACUGUUCUCUGAUGCCAUGCCAGCACCAACUCAACUGUUUUUCCCUCUCAUCCGUAACUGUGAACUGAGCAGAAUCUAUGGCACUGCAUGUUACUGCCAUCACAAGCAUCUCUGCUGUUCACCAACAUACAUUCCUCAGAAUCGCCUGAGAUACACACCCCAUCCAGCAUAUGCUACCUUUUGUAGGCCAAGGGAGAACUGGUGGCAGUAUACUCAAGGAAGGAGAUAUGCCUCUACACCUCAGAAAUUUUACCUCACACCUCCACAAGUCAACAGCAUCCUUAAAGCUAAUGAAUACAGUUUCAAAGUACCAGAAUUUGAUGGCAAAAAUGUCAGUUCCAUUCUUGGAUUUGACAGCAAUCAGCUGCCUGCAAAUGCACCCAUUGAGGACCGAAGAAGUGCAGCAACCUGCUCGCAGACCAGAGAUAUGCUCUUGGGGGUUUUUGAUGGUCAUGCAGGCUGUGCUUGUUCCCAGGCAGUUAGUGAAAGACUCUUCUAUUACAUCGCUGUUUCCUUGUUGCCCCAUGAGACUUUGCUAGAGAUUGAAAAUGCAGUAGAAAGUGGUCGGGCCCUGCUACCUAUCCUUCAGUGGCAUAAGCACCCCAAUGAUUACUUCAGUAAGGAGGCAUCUAAAUUAUAUUUCAACAGCUUGAGGACUUACUGGCAAGAGCUUAUAGACCUCAAUACUGGAGAAUCAGCUGAUAUUGAUGUUAAGGAGGCUCUAAUUAAUGCUUUCAAGAGACUUGAUAAUGACAUUUCAUUGGAGGCUCAAGUUGGUGAUCCUAAUUCUUUUCUCAAUUACCUGGUGCUUCGGGUGGCAUUUUCUGGGGCUACUGCCUGUGUGGCCCAUGUAGAUGGUGUUGACCUCCACGUGGCUAACACUGGUGAUAGUAGAGCCAUGCUUGGUGUGCAAGAAGAAGAUGGGUCUUGGUCAGCAGUUACGCUUUCUAAUGACCACAAUGCUCAGAAUGAAAGAGAACUAGAACGUCUGAAACUGGAACACCCAAAGAAUGAGGCCAAGAGUGUGGUGAAGCAGGAUCGGCUGCUUGGCUUGCUGAUGCCUUUUAGGGCUUUUGGAGAUGUAAAGUUCAAAUGGAGCAUUGACCUUCAAAAGAGAGUGAUAGAGUCUGGCCCAGACCAAUUGAAUGACAAUGAAUAUACCAAGUUUAUCCCUCCCAACUAUCAUACACCUCCUUAUCUCACUGCUGAGCCAGAGGUAACUUAUCACCGAUUAAGGCCACAGGAUAAAUUCUUAGUGUUGGCAACCGAUGGAUUGUGGGAGACCAUGCAUAGACAGGAUGUGGUUAGGAUUGUGGGUGAGUACUUAACUGGUAUGCAUCAACAGCAGCCAAUAGCUGUUGGUGGAUACAAGGUGACUCUGGGACAGAUGCAUGGCCUUUUAACGGAAAGAAGAGCGAAGAUGUCAUCAGUCUUUGAGGAUCAGAAUGCAGCAACCCAUCUCAUUCGCCAUGCUGUAGGCAACAAUGAGUUUGGAGCUGUUGAUCAUGAGCGUCUCUCUAAAAUGCUUAGUCUUCCCGAAGAACUUGCUCGCAUGUAUAGAGAUGACAUUACAAUCAUUGUAGUUCAGUUCAAUUCUCAUGUUGUAGGAGCAUAUCAAAACCAGGAACAGUAAGUGAUGUUAUCCUGGCAGUUAUCCAAUUCGAAGGGCAGAUUGACUUUUGAAAGAAACUAAUCCAGUAAAUAUUCCAGUGGGUCAUCCUAAACACUUCGUAUCUGAUGCUCUAGCUACUUGAGUAUUCCAGAUCAACUGCAACAGAUAGUAUCAUUUGUGUCUGUUCUGUCCUGUUGGUCCUCAUGGUACCUGCACUUGAGGCAGAUUGAUUCCUUAUUGCAGGUGUCUUGUGACAGUGACAUACCUACGAAUGUGAAGACUGGCAGAUAAGAUGUUGAAUAGGUCAAAAGCAAGGGUCUUUCUGGGAGUAUUAGUAAAGGCAAAAAAAUUAAUAAUCCCAUCUGCAUACACCUUUCACCAUAAGGAUUCUACCAUACAUGAGAAUAUUUACUACAUUAUUUAAAAAACAUAGUCCAUAUAUUAUUCACAAACAUUUAUUUUAGCCUGAAGUUUUUUCAGGUCCAGUACUUUAAGCCAUAAAUGACCAUGAACCAAGAUACCUGGUUUUAAGUUUUUGUGAUUGUAUCAUAAAAUAUUCUUCCCAGAUAGGAAACUGCACUUCCCUUCCUUCCUCACCCAUGAUUUCCUCAGUGUAACUGAGAAGUUUUGUUUUGCUACACUUAAAAAACAAUAAAGGUUCUUAGUUUUAUUUAUCCUUCUAGUGAAUGUUAAGUAAAGGGAAAAUGUGUUUUUUCAGUUUGUAUUCAUGAAAAGAUUUAUUUAGUUUGAAAUAAAGAUACCCAGAAUGAAAAGAGACUGCUUUGUUUAAUUCUUGUCAACUAUAGCUACCAGCAUGUCACUGUUCUGUAGUCCCCAAAGUCUUGACAAGCUGUGUGUAUGGUGGAUAAACAAACCACUGCUGAGAAGUCAUACAUCUUUAUUUGUGAUAGGAGUUUUCAUGAAUUUUGGAAUUUUAAGAAUAAUGUGGUAAGUUUAAAUAUCAACUCAAGUAAUAAGAUUUUAAUAUUAUGACAGUCUGAGGAAAUUUUUUGUUUGUCCCCACUUAGGUCAAUUAAAAUAAUUUGGAUUAAAAUUAUUAAAUGCUUUAAAUACACUGUAGCUUGUAAUGUAUGUGUUAAGAUAUAUAUAUAUAUAUAUAUAUGAGAAACUUUUAAAUAGUAAUCUCUGCAUGCCUGAUACAGAACACUUAGCAUCAAAUAUUUGCAGCAGUCUCCAUAAUUAUAUGCCAUCCUUCCUAAUACUGUAUCAAAGUAAAUGAAAAUAAAUAUAUUCAAGUAGGCUUUUUAGGAAUUUAUUUGAUAUGCAUCAAAUGAAACUUUUGUUCUUGCAUUUAAUAUGGUGAUCUAUGUACAGCUGUGCAUAUAUUUUCAUCACUUACUAUUAAAAAUAGCUAUAACUUUGUUUAAAAUUCAUGUAGAUUUUUUUAUACAAAACAUGAUUAGUUUCUGUUGUGUAAUUAGUUUGGAAUGUAGGAGUCCUUUGAGAAUGCUGUAGGAUCUGAAGUACAUGGUCAAGGACUCAGGAUUGCAAUUCUCAAAUCAAUAUAUAGCAGUACUGGCUGCAAAAUUAGGUCCAAAUGAAAGUAAGAAGAUUACAGCUUAGAACAUCUUAGGAUUUGUUUUCUGAAGUACUGUUUGGUUUUGUUUUUUAAAAUCAAUUUCUUUAAAUACCACUUUUUAUUUUGGAGGGGGAAACACCAUUACAUACUCUAAAUGUUUUUAGAGACAUGAUAGGAUGAAAAAUGUACACUACAGUAUGAAACCCUAUUUUUUAUUUUAUAUAUAUAUUUUUAUUUUACAUACUAAUCCCAGUUUCCCCUGCCUCCCUCUCUCCCCACCCCCAUUUAGUCCUCAUAGGGGAUAGGGCCUUCCUUGGGAAGUCAACAAAGUCUGGCAUACCAAGUUGAGGCAGGACCAAACCCCUCCCCCAAGUAACAAGGAUAAGCAAGGUAUCCCACCAUAGGGAAUGAGCUCCCAAAAGCCUGUUCAUACCCCUGGUAUGCCCCUGGGCUAAGUCCUGGUGCCACUGCCUGGGACCUCCCCAACAGAACAAGUCACAUAACUCAUAUUCAAAGGAUCUAGUUCUGCCCCAUGUCGGUUCCCCAGCUGUCAGUCCAUAGUCCAUGACCUCCACUAUCUUGGGUUAGCUGACUCUGGUUUUCCCUAUCAUGCUCUUGAUUCCAGUGUUAAUAGGAUCAGUCCUCCCUCUCUCCAAGUGAACUCCAGGAGCUCAGCCCAGUACUUGGCUGUGGGUUACUGCAUCUGCUUCCAUCAGUUAGUGUAUGUUCUAUGAUGACAAGGUAGUUAAUAAUCCAAUUAAAGGAGAAGGCCCAUUCAGACAUCCUCUUCAUUAUUGCUAGGAGCCUUAGCUGGAGUCAUCCUUGUAGAUUCCUGAGGAUUUCUCUAGCAUUAGGUUUCUCCCUGACCCCAUAAUGGCUUCCUCUAUCAAGAUACUGCUUUAAUUGCUCUCCCACUCUGUAGUUCCCCCAACUUGAUCCUGAUCGCUCAUGUUCCCAUUCCCUCCCUUCUACCCUACUCCCAGUUUAACCAGGAGAUCAUAACUAUUUUCCUUUCCUGGGUCCCUCCAUGUAUGUCCCUCUUAGGGUCCCUUUUUUUAACGUAGCUUCUCUGGGGUUGUGGAUUGUAGCCUGGUUAUUCUUUGCUUUACAUUUGAUAUCCACUUAUGAGUGAAUGCAUACCAUGUUUGUCUUCCUGGGUCUGUGAAACCCCAUUUUUAGUACUGUUUGGAAUUGCUUUUUAAUACCACCACUUGUGAGGUCUAUGUUACAUGCUGACAAAUGUCUCAUAUAAUACAGUGAAUAUAAAUACUGUUUUCUGUGCUUAUGAAAAGACAUCAGGCCUUAUUACCCAAGAAGUUUUGCCUACAAUCUGGAAGCCAACCUACUUGUAUAGAAAUAAAAAUGCAAUGUGUAAAUGAAAAUAACUGGGUAUUCAAAAAUCUUCAGAUGCUGUUAUUUAAAAACAGUUGUGAUUCUCUUGUUAUUUGUCAUUGUGACAUGGUACCUAGAAGUAAAGUCAGUUUGUGUAAAUUUUCAUGGAUUUUAGUCUUUCAAUUUUGUUUUAUUUAAAUUUGCUUACCUGUAUUUAAUUUCUGUAUUUAUUUUUAGUAAAUGCUUCAUGUUCCAUGGACUAUGCCCUGAACUAUUUAAAAGGAAUGGUGGUAUGACACUUGGUUUGAAUGCUGUCUAUGGUUAGAGAAUGCCCACAGUGAAUUAAAGCUUUACGUCUGCUUCCUGA